GCUCGGUGAUAAGUAGGAGGGAAUAAAGGCUGCAGGGCAGAACACACACUUCUAAGAGCAGACAGCAGUUUUACUAAAAGGACAUUCUGUACAGAGAUGGUAGAAGAACAGCCCCAUCUCUUGACAGAAGAACACCUAGAAGAGCUUAAUAGAAGUGACAAAGACUCAGAGGACACUUGGGAGGACACAGUUAUUGAAAUGGAAGUUGGCAUAAAAGAACAUCAUACAACAGAGGAAACUCCUGUGUCAGAUUGUAAGACUGAUGGAGAUGUCACAAAAGAUGUUGGACCUGCCAGUGAAGUAGGAGAAGGAACAGUCGAAACAGGGAAGGAGACAACAAAAGAUGAAGAUGAGGCCACCGAUCUGGGGAAAGACAGCUCUAAAUCCACAGGAGAGAUAAAAGAAUCAGGGGAUACAGUGAUAUCACAAGAGGAGACAACUGAAAGAGAAGAAAACGCAGUUCCAGAACAAAAUGAACCAAUCGCAUCAAAUCAAGAAAAUGCUACAAAGGAUUCGUCCAAUCAUAAAACAGAAACACAGGAGGAAGAUCCUGCAGGUGCCCAGAGAACGUGCACUGCUCUUGAUGAUGGAGGUACAGAGGAGGAACUUCACCCCAAUGCUACAGAAACAGCUGAUAAUGCAAAUGGAGGUAGCAAUGCUCAGACAGCAAGUGCUGUAGAAGAAAACAUCACACCUACUUCUGGUAAAGGGGCCACUCGUGAGAAGGAGCAUCAAGAACGCAAACCGGAGAUUCCACGUUCUAGAACUAUGCCGAAAUCAUAUGGGAGGGCUACAAGGAAAGACAUUGCUGAAAAGUUUGGAGGGGUGGCCACUUCUGGGAUUCGUGUACAAAGGUCUACAAGCUGUGGUGCAGGUGCUGUGAAAAAUAUGCUGCUAGAGUGGUGCCGGGCAAAGACUCGCAGCCGUGAGGGGGUAGACAUCCAGAAUUUCUCAAGCAGUUGGAGUAAUGGCCUUGCGUUCUGUGCUCUCAUUUUGGCCUUUUUCCCAGAUGCUUUUGACUACGACUCUCUUGACCCCAAGAACAGAAGACAGAACUUUCAGCUGGCAUUCAGUACAGCAGAGAACCUUGCAGACUGCCCUCCUCUUCUGGAUGUGGAGGACAUGGUGCGCAUGAAGGUCCCAGACUCAAAAUGCGUUUACACCUAUGUGCAAGAAUUAUACCGCAGUCUGGUCGCUAAGGGACUGGUGAAAACCAAGAAGGCAUGAUCUUACCAAAGAUGUACAAUACAAGGCAAGUUUCAUGAACAGGAAGCUUCAUACAAACGGUCUCUUCAAAGUUGCAGAAGCAGUUUGCUAAGGUGGAUGUCUGUCCCUUCUUAUAGGAAGACACAAAGAAACAAACACAUGCAGUAGAAAAGUGUUUGUUUUAUCUGCGAAAAAAAUAGCUUUAUUUUUCAAUAAAAAUGUGUGAUGGUUAAA